AUGCUAAGAUUUUUAAUACGGCAUCGACCGAUAAUAAUAAAUACAUACAUACGACAUCAUUUAAUUCAAAAAAGAUUAUAUUCCAAAAAUUUUUCAUUCUUUAAUAAAAACCUAACUCCAUCAUUGCCUGAAAAGUUUACAAAUUUUGUUACGAAUAUUUUAACUGAACAACAUGAUAAAAUUUUAGAUCAACCAGUUCAAGAAUUAAUUGAAAAAAUUCCAAACUUGAAAAAAGAUUUAAAGAAAUCUUUAGAUUUUGAGAACAAAUUAUAUACUGUUUUAUCUUAUGAUCCUGUUUUAAUUGAUCCAAGGUUAUAUUUACAUUUUUACUAUCCUGAAAUCAAUGGACCAAUGAAACAAUUAUUAAUCGAAAGACUUCUAUUUCAUCAGCAAUAUGUUGCAUGUUGGGAAUUAUUUAUGGGGGAAACACUAAUAGAUUUAGAUGACUUUUUGACAACCGUUAGUACAUUUUUAACUAAACAAAAUAAUAAAUUUGCAAUUAUAGACUUUAUACUAAGUCAACCAAAUUUUGAAGAGAAAGAAACUUAUAAAAUACAAAUUAUAGAUUCACUUGUACAUAUUUUUAAUAUUAAUGCUAAACAAGUACUUAAUAUUUAUCACGAAAUUAAUGAUUUACGAACUUUUAAUGAUAUUUUAAACUAUAAUGAUAAUGGUUUUAUUGCAUCAGUUAUUAAACUAAAAAGAAUCAUGAAAAUACUGCUAUACAAAGGGGCCACCAAGCAUCAGAUUUAUGAAAUUCUAGUGCAAUAUCCACAAAUAUUAAUUCAACCUGGCUGGGUUAGUUGUAUACUACCAAAAUUUGAAUUUUAUUCAUGUUUGUUAUUUGAUGAUUUACCUGAAAACAUUAAACCUUUUAUGGAAGCAGUUGAAGAGAUUUUAUCCACAGGUGUUAGGUUAAACGAUGUGGAUGCAACAUAUUUAUUACAUUCGAAGGUGAAUCCUUUUGCAUUAUUCCUGGCUUAUAGAUUGUCACCAUUACAAAAACAAAUUCUGAACCAUAUUGUCAAAUUGAUGCUUAAGGAACCAAGAAAUGAGGAAGUUAAAGCUGCGUAUUUAAUUUCCAUGAAACUACUCGACUUACCAUUAGCCAUUGAAUGUUUAGAUUUAUUAAUUCCAGAUGAACCAUCAGUUUUAACACUAGUAAAACCAUUGGAAGAAUCGAUGAAGAAUAAUAUUGUGAUGGGGCUAAAAAACUUCAAUUCAGCUCAUUACAUCGAAUUGAUUCCUUACUAUAGUAACAAUGUCAAAAUUUCAAGACACCUAAUUACAACAUACUCAGAAUCAAUUCAUGCAAGCAUCGAAGAUUUCAACAAAUUGGCUCUUAUACAACCUCAAUCAAAACAAGCAAUAUUAGAGAUUUUCAGAUCAGCAUUAUUAAGAAGCAAAUUUAUUGAUGAAACUUUUUUUGCUAUCAUUUUAAAUAGUAUCUUGAGGAAAACAAUUACCAAAAUUGGAGAUUUCAAUACUUCUUACGAAUCCUUAUCAUCAAAUGAAAAAAACACAUUUCACAAUUCGUUACGUUCAUUAGCACAAACAAUAUCACUUUUAAAUACCAAUGACAUUGCAUUAGUAAUGGAUAUUAUUCACAAAACUUUUGAUUCAAAUUCCUUCUACUAUAAAAAUGAUCCAAUUGCAAAAGAAUAUUUACUUAAAAUUGUUUCACAUGAUGUUUAUAGAUUCAUACUACGUAAAGAGAACAAAAUUGAGUUACUUCAAGACAUAAUGAGUAAAAUGCAAACAUCAACAUUUUGGGUAACUUACUGGCUUCUUUAUGCAACGGUAUUAGAUGAUUAUGGAAAUUCAAUAAAAUUGUUGAAAUAUUAUUCAAAUGAUAAACACCAACUAAUUCAAUAUUUUCCAGCUUUGGUUUCAGGUAUUUUAAAUUCAAAAAAUUUGAAUAUAAAUAAUAAAAUUAGAUAUAUUGAUGUUUUCUUGAAAGAGUCAAAAAAAUAUGGAUUUAAUAAUAUUUUAAAAAUGAAAAAUGGAUUUGAAAUUAUAAAUUAUUUUAAAAAAGCUGCUAGAUCUAAUCAAUUGGACGAUGAAUCUAUUAAAUGGUUAAUUCAAUUUAGUAAAAAUAACAAAUAUCUUAGAAGAGUUAUGGCUAAUGUUAGGGUUAGUAAACGAGGCAAGAAGGACUAA